AAUAAAAUACCGACGACGCUGACGAAGAGGAAAUUGGGUCCCCAAAAAACCCAACUUCUUCCUCUCCUCCUCUGCCUCUCGCCACCGCUUACGCCACCGCCAUCGUCUUCGUCCUUUGGGUUCUCUGUUUCGCAGUUGUGGGCGCUGUGGGAGAUCUAUUGAAAAAUGGAAACAUUAAGUGCCUUCUCUCUGCCACCGGGAUUUGGCUUCCAUCCAACAGAUGUGGAACUUAUUUCUCAUUAUCUGAAGAAGAAGAUACUUGGUCAGAAAAUUGAUUUUGAAAUCAUACCAGAGGUGGACAUAUAUAAGCAUGAACCAUGGGACUUACCUGCAAAAUGUCACAUUCCUACAAGAGAUAGCAAAUGGCAUUUCUUUGCUUCCCGUGACAGGAAGUAUCCUAAUGGUUCUCGCUCAAAUAGGGCUACAGAAGCAGGGUACUGGAAAUCAACUGGUAAAGAUCGGAAUGUCAAGCUUCACAAUCGGGUUAUAGGUACCAAGAAAACUUUAGUUUUCCAUAAAGGCCGUCCUCCUUGUGGGAAGCGUACUGAUUGGAUCAUGCAUGAAUAUUAUAUAGCUGAGAAUGAGUGUAAAACUGCUCCUGGAAUGAAGGAUAUAUUUGUUCUUUGUCGUGUAACCAAGAGGAAUGGCUUGUCAUUGGAAGGUGAGAUGACCCAAAGCGAGAUGGUCAGUGAUGUCCAAGAGCAACCAAAAGAUAUGGUUGGCUCAGUGCCAUGUGAGGAAUCAUCAAGUCCAUCCAAUGUAGAGGAUAUUGAGGCAUGGCUUUUAGAGCUCUAUGAUCCUGAUUUUAAUGGCAUUCACUCUAUCCAUGCACGCAACAAUGAAGCAGAGGUUUCACAGGCAGAUCCCGCUUCUAUUUUGUCAAAGCAAGAGCCAGUGGAAUCUUGUCUUCAGCCACCUGGUGCAGAUGACCAAGACUACCUAUUACCUGAUGAUAUCAGUAGUAUUCUGCAAUCUGGUUCUGAUAACUUCAAUCUUGAUAUGUUUGGAGAGCCCAAUUUCGAAAGCAUAGAUGGUGGUUCUGUUCUUCUGUAUGAUGCUGCAAUGACAAGUAAUGAACUUUCCCCUGCUGUAAGCAACUUUGUAUAUGAAGGUGUAAAGAGAGAGGAUGAAAACAUUGAUACAGGGAUUCAAAUACGACAGCGCCAUGCAAAACCACCUACUGCAAUUUCAAAUCACAGUAUUAAACUUCAAAUUUACAAGAUGGAAUCAAGGAACCCUGGACCUCUUAAUCAGACAAUCAAACUUGUCAAAGAAGACCGCCAUCUUGAUAUGAAUGACGGUGAUAACAAGCACCUACCUGGUGCAGAAUCCAGUACAAUCUCCGACUCUGAAGGCAAUCAAUCUGAUCUAUCUUGCCAUACUGCAUCUAAGACACUACAGAAAAGGUCAACUGAUCCAGUUAGACCACAAAAAAGUCCUGGUGGUCUCGUUGAUAAGGUCUGCUCCACCCGGGGAGUUAUCAGGGGGCUCAAUAGGCUGUUAUGUGGAUGUUCGUCUGCUGGUUUGAAUUGCUUGUUUUUCAGUGCUUGCAUGGUGGGAACUGCUGCUCUAAUUUUAUAUUUUCUGCUUCGCGAUGCUCGGCGCUUCCUUGCUAGCUACAACUCUCUUGGUUUGUAGUACAUGAAUCAUUGGCUGCAGAUUUUUCCGCGUAUUUAUGAAGUUAAUAGGAACACUGGAUUAUAGGUCCUCGACUUGUGACUGCUUUUAUUGAUAAGAGUUGGUUUCACCCAACGUUUUUAUAUGGGGUUUUGUAUAGUCCUGUAUAAAGUAGGAUGCGUUUUUUCUUGGGUGAUUACCAAUUGUAGUGGAGCUAUCUGUUCAUUUAUGUCUCUUGUAUGCUGCUGUUGAUAAAUAAAAGAUUAGUUUAGCAUC